UGAAGAACCGCAUAUUUGAGUUGGUAUUGAAAUCAAUGCACAUUUUUACAGUUUAAGACGAGAUGUUUAGAGGUCUUUUUAAGGGGAAAUUCGGACUGCGGUUAAUCUCGUUGCCUCCUAUGACAACGUUUGUCGCUCGCGUGAGAAACGUUUAAGGAUCUGCUUUUUCAAAGCGAGCACAAUCCGAGACCUCGCGAGCGCGUUUGGAGGAAACCUGAGAUCGCUGCGUCUUUUCCGAAGAGCAACGCGAGCAGCGCGAGACCGCGGGCGCUCGUUAUUCAAUCUCGCCGCCGUCCACCAGGACGGACUGAGACGUUGAGGAGAUCUCAUCGCUAUUUUUUCCUCUCCUCUGGGAUGUCCAGUCAUCGCUGCACCCCCGUGUUUACCGUGUGGUGUGGACUGAGACCGAAGCGCUUCUCCCCACUCAAAGCUUCACGCUCGCAUUCAUCCAGUGGUUGGUGCGGGAUCCGCGCGCGUCCUUCUCCAGCAGCAGCAGCAGCAGCAGCAUCAUCAUCCUCCUCAUCAUCAGCAUCAGCAUCGCUCGUCAUGGAAACCCGCGUUCCUCAUUCAGCGAUGUGAUGCGCGUUGGCCGUUUGUCAUCAUCAGUGUCGGCGGUGGCGGGCGGAGAGGACGGACGGCAGCGGAUUCGUCUCUAGAGGAUGUACCGUGUUGCCGGAGGGAAACGGCGGAGAGUCUUUCCGGGGGCCCUCCCGUGAGAAGCGAACGAGGACGGAGCGAACGGACGCGGAUUUUCGAGCGGAUCUGUGCGGAUGCCACAAAGCGCCGGGAGGAUUGGGCUGUAUCUGUGGAGCGCUCCGGACCGUCCGUCCCGUCUCACGCCGUGCUGAGCAUGUAAAGAUCCGGACUGAGGGGUCGCCCUCCAGGGCCGUCGUCUCUCUUCAUCUGGGAUCAUGUACUAGAGCCGACCCUGCGCAGCAACCAUGAAAGGCUUAGGGGCCAACCGUAGCCGCCAUCUGUCCGACACCUGUGACCCCACCGCGGGCCCCCAGGAGCCCCUGUGCCCCUUGGCCCCGGACCCCCACGCCGCCUUCCUCUUGAGCCCCACCGUCAACCACUACGCCACUCUGGACCCUCACCUCCAUCAUUUUCCUGUUUCCACGGCGACGACGCUGCAGUCCGACUGUCUGCUGCCCCUCAACAACCAGCUGAGCAACAGCAGCACCUUCCCUCGCCUCCACUACACCACCCAGCCGGAGCAGAGCGACUACACACAGCAGGCUUGUGUGGCUCAGACCGGCAGUCGCUCCGGCACGCUCACGUCCUCUAUGUCCAUGGGCAUGGGUUUGGGUCUGGGGCUGGGCGCUCCCGCCAUGAUCAGCAGCGGCACGGCCACCAUCUCAUCCGCGGCCGCCGCCAAGAUGAACCGGCUCCCGGCCAACCUGCUGGACCAGUUGGAGCGCCACCUCCCGCUGCAGCGCGACGGCUUCAGCACACUGCAGUUCCACCGGCGCAGCCGCGGCUCCAAGCAGCGCAGCGAGAGUCCCAGCCGCAUCCGCAACCUGGUGCAGUCCGUCCAGAAGCUCUUCGCCAAGUCUCAGUCCCUAGAGGUGUCGGCGGUCAAAGGGAGCAUCACCGCCGGGCCGGCCGGAGACGCGGCUAAAGCGGCCCGCCGCAGCAAAAGCAAAGACCGGGCGAAGACCGAAGGCACCAAGCGCCGGCCGCGGCCCAACCUCUCAGGCUUCUGGAGCUCGGAUGACGGUUUGGAGGACGAGGCUCCGGCUCAGCCCGCCGCCGGGCCCCUGGCGGUGGCGUAUCGGAACCCUCUCAGCAUGAUGACGCUGGGAAGGGCCGUGUCGGACAGUCAGGCGGCUCCCAGACCGCAUCCGCAGGGAUACAACACCAUAGCGGCGCAUUCGCUCAAAUCCUCCAAGAGCAGCGGAGACCUCAAGCCCACCGUGAGCCUGCCGCCCUCCACGGGCCAGACGGGGGAGACCGCGCUGGUCAAGAGGGGCUCGUGGUCCACGCUGACUCUGAGUCAGGCCCGACAGGUGCUGCAGAAGGGCUCCGCCACCGUCAACCGCACCCUGCUGAAGUCCAAGUCCUGCCACGGCCAGGAGAUGACCUGCAACUUCCUACAGGUGCCUGGAGGUGAGUGGAGCGGGACGCUGGGUAAAGGAGGCGGUGCGGGCGAGAUCCCCUGCAGACGAAUGCGCAGCGGCAGUUACGUCAAAGCCAUGGGGGACAUGGAGGACAGCGACGACUCGGACGGACCCCCAUCACCCAAACCCUCGCCCAAAACCGCUGCCAGGCGCCAGAGUUACCUGAAGGCCACGCAGCACUCGCUCAGCGAACAACAGCCUCCACUGCUACCGCCUCGCAACUGUAUGCCGUCUCUGUGUGAGGUCUCCACUAAUCGCAGCCUGGAUAACCUGGACUGUCUGAUGGGAGUGGAUGAGACGGGUCUGCAGCACUGGGGCACUGAUGGGGUGUUCGGUCAGCGCUGUUCUACACUGGGACGAGGCUCCACCAUGGGCCAGGUGGAGCAGGGCUACCGGAGCGGCGCGGCGUACGGCCAGCUGGACUCCCAGGCGGUGGAGGCCCUGGAUCUGCCCACACCCACCUGCUUCCGCUCCCGGAGCCACAGCUACCUGCGCGCCAUCCAGGCCGGCUGCUCUCAAGACGACGACACGGGCUCCGUGGACUCGGACGAGACGCCACCUAUAACCUCAUCCAUCAGCAGCUACAACAGCGCCACCGUCUCCACGUGUACGGCCGUCUGCAAGAAGAACCCCCCGCCUAUUCCCCCUCGGACCACCUCUAAGCCCUACAUCGCGGUGACGGUCCAGAGCAGCACCGAGUCGGCCCAGGACACGUACCUGGACAGCCAGGACCAGCGCAGCGAGGUCAACAGCCAAUCGGGACGCAGCAACUCCUCCGACAGCAUCGCCAGCUCUCGGACGGGGAGCCUGGUCAAGGGCGCCAAGCGGCCUCCCAUCCUGCCCCCCAUCCCCGCCCCGCGGGAACCCGUGCCCCUGCCCAGCGCCAGAGUGACCACGCCCCCUCCCGCCAUCGCCCCGCCCCCUCCCGCACCGGACGCCAAAAACGAGCCCCUGAGCCUCACUGUGGCACCCAGCGAACCGCAAGCCCCGGCCAAGAGAAAGCUCUCCUCCAUCGGCAUUCAGGUGGACUGCGUGCAGCCGAUUCUGAAAGAGGAACAGACUCCCACCACCAGGUUCCAGUCCAUCGGGGUUCAGGUCGAAGACGGCAGGCCACUCAGCCGCUUCACGAGCAUGGCGUCCAGACAGGAGACGACGGAGGCAGAGUCUCAGGAGCAGUCCGACGGUAAACCCUCUCAGAACAAGAGUCUGGACUGCAGCGGCGCUCUCAGACCCUCGCUGCAGGAGAAGCUAGACCCGGCGCUGGACCCGUCCCGUCUGCCGCCGCCGGACCCGUCUCUGCAGGCCGGGAGCGUGAACGGGGCCCUUGAGCAGCCCGGGGCCUCGGCGUGCCUCAGGGACGGACGCUGGUUUCAGAAGCUCCUGCAGGCCGAGACCGAGCGCAUGGAGGCCUGGUGUCAGCAGAUGGAGCAGGAGACCAGAGACAAGCAGCUGUCAGAGGAGGUUUUGGGGAAGGUCCGCAGUGCCGUUGGCUGCGCUCAGCUCUUGAUGUCUCAGAAGUUCCAGCAGUUUCAGGGUCUCUGUGAGCAGAACCUGGAUGCGAGCGCUCAGCCGCGGCCCACAGCGCAGGAUCUGGCCGGGUUCUGGGAUCUGCUGCAGCUCUCCAUCGAGGACAUCAGCAUGAAGUUCGACGAGCUCCACCUCCUCAGGUCCAACGACUGGAAGAUGUCUGAGAACCAGGACAAAAAGGAGGAGAAGAAGUCCGCUCCAUCCCACACACCAAAGAAGACGGUAAAGGUCAAAACCACGGGCGGGAAGGAGAAGAGCGGCGACUCUGUGGCGGACAAGCAGCGUCAGGAGGCCAGAAAGCGACUGAUGGCGGCCAAGCGAGCGGUUUCUGAGCGGCAGAACUCCGCCACCGAGAGCGCCGAAAGCAUCGAGAUCUACGUCCCCGAGGCUCAGACGCGACUCUAACAAACCCCCGAAAUAAGAAACUCCUCACGACCGGACGCUCGCGGACGCACUCGCGCCGGGGUCGGAAACCACGAGCAAAAAAAAUAAAAAAUUCCAGAUAGAACGAGCAAAAAAACUCAAUCGGAACGCUGCCGCAGAAGAACCUCCCCCUCGACGACGAUUUCUAUGGUUACCCUUGUUAUAAUUCUAAAUGUUAUAAAAGUUAAUUAUCUCAUGGAAAAUAUAUCAAGACUUCGUCUGUAAAUUGUGCUGAUAUCUCUGAAAAUGAAAAGACCUUCGUUCAGACCCUUUACACGCGUCACAUGACCCCCCCCGGAAGCCCCUCCCACAGCAUGCACUCAGGACCCCCCCGCACGCGUGCACUUGUCUUUCAUCGGCGCAGUCUUCCACCUUUUUGAUUUCCGUUGGGAGCGAGCGCUCGGACGGUACGGUGGAUACUCGGAAGCGUAGAAUAGCACAGCGGAAGCGUUUUCAGCGCUCCACUAGUUUUGUUCGAGUCACUCCAGUCAAAAUUGACACGCAAAAACACAUCCAGCUUUUGUUUUUGUUUCGCUGUUCACGUUAAAAGUGCACCGAGCACGACCCAUCUGGCGCUUUCGGGCCGCUUAAAACAUGACCACUUUGUUUUUACGAUGAAUGUUUUAAAAGUACUCGAUGACAAUGUCCAGAUUUUUGCUUGGGCCGACGCUCUGUUUUGUAAUGUUAUUAAUAAUAUUAUGAUUUUAAUGCUUUGA